AUGUCCUCCCCGCUGUUGGCCGAGGCCACGCGCAUUGCGCGCGAGUUCGAUUACCCCGCUGCUCAGGUUCAGCGCGGAGUUGCUGAAUAUAUCCGUCAGUCUAACGAGGGUCUGGCAAAGGAGGACACCACUUUAAGCCAGAUUCCUACAUUCGUGACUGCUGUACCCAAUGGCACUGAGAAGGGCUUGUAUCUGGCCGUUGACCUGGGUGGCACCAACUUCCGUGUGUGCUCCGUUCAGUUGCAUGGCGAUACCACUUUCAACCUCACCCAGUCCAAGAUUAUGAUCCCACGGGAACUCAUGGCCUCCGGAACCUCUAAGGACCUGUUCACUUUCCUCGCACGCCAGAUCGAGGCUUUCUUGCGCAUUCACCACAACGAGCACUUUGAGGCCCACCAGCGCCGGCGGAGAGAGGACAAGUGCGUGGAGGAGCUGUUCGACCUCGGUUUCACUUUCAGCUUCCCCGUCCGUCAAUAUGGUAUCAACUCCGGUACUCUGAUUCGGUGGACCAAGGGCUUCAACAUCCCCGAUGCCGUUGGUCACGAUGUAUGCGCCCUGCUUCAGUCCGCCAUUGAUGACCUUGACCUGCCCGUUCGCGUGGCUGCGCUCGUCAACGACACAGUUGGUACUCUGAUGGCUCGUUCUUACACUUCCCCCGGAGAGACUGGUACUCUUCUCGGUGCUAUCUUCGGCACUGGAACCAACGGUGCCUACGUCGAGAAGAUUGAGAAUAUCACCAAGCUCCAGCACUCGAAGAAUGCGCACUAUGAUACCCACACUGGCGAGAUGAUCAUCAACGCUGAGUGGGGUAGCUUCGAUAACCAAUUGAGCGUGCUUCCCAGCACCAUCUAUGACCGUGACCUGGAUGCGGAUAGCAACAACCCCGGAAUUCAGAUGUUUGAGAAGCGAGUCUCUGGAAUGUUCCUGGGUGAGAUCUUGCGCCGCGCUCUAGUGGAUCUGCACAAGAACCCCAAGGUGGCUCUUUUCGAGUCCUCCAAGGCCGCUAUUACUUCCGAUGGCCUUCUCUACCGCCAGUGGGGUCUUGACACCAGCUUGCUGAGUGCCGUCGAGGCCGAUAAGUCCUCCCAGAUGACCGAGAUCAAGACUGCUCUUAAGGACCACUUGAACAUUGACAACGCCACCAAUGAUGACUGUGAAGCGGUCAAGGUGCUGACCCACGCUAUCGGUAAACGUGCCGCUCGUCUCAGUGCCGUUCCCCUCGCGGCUGUCCUUAUCCACACUGGCAAGCUCCAGACAGAUGACAUUGUCGACAUUGGUGUUGACGGCAGUGUGGUCGAGUUCUACCCCAACUUCGAGGGUCACAUGCGCGACGCUCUCCGGGAAGUCGCCGAAGUCGGCCCCGCGGGUGAGAAGAAGGUCCGCAUUGGAAUCUCCAAGGACGGCAGCGGUGUUGGUGCUGCCUUGAUCGCUUUGGUCGCCAGCAAAGACGAGACUUUGCAAAACCCCCGUGAAUAA